AUGCAUUCUAGGCUCUCUAUUAGUGCUUGGAAUAUACAUGGUUUAAAACAUAAAACGCUUGGUGACAAACUAAGCAACAUUGAUUUUAUAGAAAAUGUUAAAGACCUUGAUUUAAUAUUUCUGACUGAAACAUGGUCUAACGAGAUUAACAGCAUUCCUGGUUUCGUGACAUUAUCCACCAUCACGGCAACCCGGAAAUCAAAUUCGGCUUGUCGCUUGUCUGGCGGAAUUUCACUUUUAUUCAAAAAGGAAUUUGAAAAUGCUAUCUUUAUUGAAAAACAAACAAAAAAUUUCCUAUGGUGUCGAAUAGACAAUACAAUCUUAAACUCCACAAAAGAUUUAUUUAUUUGUGGAGUCUACAUUCCUCCAGAAAGAUCAUCCUACUUUGAUGAGGAUAUAUUUCAUAACCUAGAAAAUGAUGUGGUAUAUUUUUCCAAAAAAGGAAACGUUAUGCUGCUAGGGGACUUUAAUGCUCGUACCAGCAAACUCGAAGAUUUUGUUUCAAAGGAAGGAAACACUUUCAUUAAUGACAUUACUGAAACCUCCUUUGAACCAAAAACUAGAGACAAUUUUGAUAGCUGUGUUAAUAACCACGGUAAAAGUUUAAUUGAGAUUUGCAAAAACUGUAAUCUGAGAAUUUUAAAUGGUAGGACUCUUGGUGAUUCAUUUGGAAAACCCACGUUUCAUAAUAAAAAUGGAACUAGUGUGGUCGACUACAUAAUUUGUGACCAAGAGCUAACUCAAACAAUCAAAAACUUUGUUGUUAAACCGCCAACAUACUUAUCUGACCAUAGUCAAAUAGUGACAUGGAUCAACAAAACAUCACCUCAAAAUUCUACCAACCACACAACUCCAUCAUCUAAAGUAUAUAGACUCCCACUCCAAUUCGUUUGGGACAAUGACGCAAUGAAUUCGUUUACUGCAUGUCUAAAAUCACCUCAAUCUCAACAAAAACUUGAGAGACUAAUCAACCACCAUAUUCCUACUUCAAAAGAUGGAGUAAACACAUUAGCUUCCGAAAUGGAAGAGAUAAUUCUACAUGCUGCAAGGAAAUCUUUAAAAAUUAAAAAGACAAAAUUUAGAAAUAAAAUUAACAAUGUCUGUAACAAGAAAUGGUUUGACAAAGAAUGUCGACUAACAAGACAUUCAGUUAGAAAACUGGCAAAUCAAAAACACCGCAACCCGCUCAAUGUUGAAAUAAGAAACGAAUACCAUAUUGCCCUUAAGAUUUACAAAAACACGCUAAAUCGUAAGAAAGAAAUCUUUCAUAAAAAGAAAUUAGAAGAACUAGAAACAAUUUCUGAAAAUGAACCAAACUCCUUCUGGAAAUUACUUAAGAAUAUGAGUGAUGAGCUUGAAGACCUUUCUACAUGUGAGCCUGAUGUUACUACUAACAGCUGGCUCACUCAUUUUGAAUCUCUGCAUGCGAAACAUACGAUGCUAGGCACUGAACAACAACACACACUAAAUCAAUUAGAAAAACUAGAAGAGGAGAUUGCAAACAAAUUUCUCGAUGAAGCAAUCUCAGAAAACGAAAUCAUUAAUGCUGCAAGGAAAUUAAAAAACAACAAAUCCGCUUAUUCUGAUAAGAUAAGAAAUGAAAUGCUUAAAUCCAGUGCGAGAAUACUGCUCAAAGGAUACCAAAAACUCUUUAACCUAAUUCUAGAAAGUGGAAAAUUUCCAGACCAAUGGUGCGAAGGACUGAUCACGCCAAUUUUUAAGUCUGGUGAAAAAAGUAACCCCAAUAACUACAGAGGGAUUUGCGUGACAAGCUGUCUGAGCAAGUUCCUCUGUAUCGUUCUAAAUGAACGAUUAAGUAAAUUUAGUCUUGAACAAAACUUAAUACAUCCAUCGCAAAUUGGGUUUCAAUCAGGUCAUAGAACUGCGGACCAUAUUUUUACUUUGAAAACAUUAAUUGACAAACAUAUUAAACAGAACAAAAAUGACAAAAUCUAUGCAUGUUUCGUAGAUUUCAAAAAAGCUUUUGACUCGGUUUGGCACGAAGGUUUAUUUUUUAAAUUACUAGAAAACAAAAUUGAUGGUCAAUUUUAUAAUCUUAUUAAAAGUCUUUACUCAAAUUCAAAAUGCGCUGUUAAACAAAGCAAAACAAGAACUGAUUUUUUCAACUACUCCAAAGGUGUACGACAGGGAUGUAUACUGAGUCCUCUUCUUUUCAACAUUUAUAUAAACGAGUUAGCUACUUUGUUUGACAACACAAGCUCUGAUCCAUUUAUACUUCCAAAUGGAACAAAACUGAGCUGUCUUUUAUAUGCUGAUGACCUAAUCAUACUAUCUAGAUCAAGGUUCGGUCUCCAGAAAUGUCUGGAUGACCUCCACAGCUGGAGUAAUAAAUGGCUUAUGGAGGUGAAUUUAAAGAAAACACAAGUUAUGAUAUUUGAGAAAACAAAUUCUAAAAAAGCGAAACCAAUUUUUAAUCUCGGAAAGAAAGAUAUAACUGUUGGAAAAGAAUACUGUUAUUUAGGCAUUAAGAUGAAUAACAAUGGUAAUUUCACUUUAGCUCUUAAACAGUUGAGCGAAAAAGCCCUCCACGCACUAUACAGUAUGAGAAGACGACUCAAUAUACACCAUCUUAACCCAAAAUCUGCUAUUAAAAUUUUCGAUCGAAUUAUAAGCCCCAUCCUUCUUUACAACUCUGAAGUAUGGGGUGCAUAUGUAAAAAACUAUUUUAACAAUUGGGACAAGUUACCUAUUGAAAAAGUCCAUCUUAGAUUCUGCAAACUAUAUCUAGGUGUUGGUAAAAAAGCUAGCAAUAUCGCCUCAAGAGGUGAACUUGGAAAAUUCCCUCUAAUUAUUAAUAUCUUCAAAAGACUUUUCAAGUACAUCACUCAUUUGAACUCUUUAUCGGAAACAGCAAUUGCCAAACAAGCUUUCCUAAUCUCAAAAGAUUUGUUUACUAAACAGAACACUUCUUAUUAUGGAAAAGCAAUGGAUAUUUUGAAAGCAUUUAACCUCAACACAGAAAUCACUGACUUGGAAUCAAUCACAACUGAACUUAUUCAACCUAUUACCAAACGUCUUAAAGAAAAUUACCUCACAUUUUGGAAACACAAACUUGAAAAUUCCUCGAAACUAACCUUUUAUUCAACCAUCAAGAUAGAUUACGAAGUAGAAAAGUACUUAUCUAUAAUAAAAAACUCAAACAAAAGGAAAACCUUAACACGAUUCAGAUUAAGUAACCAUAGCCUUCAGAUUGAAACUGGUAGGUACCAUAAUAUAGCCCGAGAAGAACGACUGUGUAACCUCUGUCACUCGGGAGAAGUCGAAAAUGAAUCUCACCUCCUCCUCACUUGCGAGGCUUACGGUGACACUCGAGUAAACUUUAUAAACAGUCUAAAAAACGAUCUCACUACUACUGAGACAAAAUUAAACGAACCAACUUUAUCAGUUGACAUAAUGAAGUCAACUGCUAGUAACACCAUCCUGAAAUUAUCGAAAUUUAUUUUUUCGUGUUUUGAGGAAAGACUUAAACAACUUGAAGCCGGGAAUGCUGGUAGUCAUUAG